CACAACCCCGUUACAGAUCGCAUGCAGCAUACCAUUUUCUUUUAGCCAAAGUAUUAUCAGCAGGCAACGACUUGACCACAACCAGCUGAAGACAGUGGCAGUCAGCGACUAGAGCUGAAAUAAAAAUUCAGUUUGUUUCCAGUCGUCGUCUCGUCAAUAUUAAGCUAAAAACUUUUAAUUUUUAAAUACACGUGUGGUCAGACGCAAGUUAGAAGUGAAUAUGAAAAACUUGAUAAGUCAACAAAGCGUUACUUGCGAAUAAACUUAAUGCCAAUUUGACAAUUAAUGUGUGGCGAGUUAUGAUAUUUCUUAACUAAUGUAUAUGUGCGUUUAAAAUAAAUUAACAGUGCAAAAAAUUGAGGAAAAAACCAAAUAAAAGUGAAUAAUUAGUGCAAUUGUGUAUGAAUUGAUUUCGAGUGCCGUGUAUGCUUACAAUUACAUUUGGGUGAAAAUUUUCUUUUUUAUUACAUUGUAGUGAGCGAGAGAAAUACUGUAGUGACAGAUUUUUCGCGCUAGACUUUGGAUAUCGUUACAUUUCGCUUGCACAGAAGUUAGUGGCGCGAUGAAACGUUUGUAAUCGUGCUUCUAUUAUGUUGUGCUAGAAAAAGACAAAUAAUCGCGCAGUAAAGAGCACUUUCCUGCAACGUGAUACUUUUCAUGGUUUCGGUACCAAAAGUUUUUUUAUGUGAGUUUAAUAUAUGCAAAUUGUUCGAGCAUUUCGCCCAAAGUGAUAUUUUAUGGCGUAGAACACGUAAUUGAGUAGCGGACUAAAGGUUUUUCUGAAAUAUUGAAGGUGCCGCAAAUGAUUGCACGCCAACAACAGCAAGCCAGCACAAGAGCCAGGCGACGGCAGUGACAACAGUGACAGCCUGAGUAAAGCGAUCCCAGUCAACCAAGCGCUGUGGCAACAACAAUAUUGGCAUGAGUUGCAAGUGCUUUAAAGAUUUCCAACAACAACAACUGCUGGCAGACUGCCCGUACGCCCGCAUAGUACAUACGAAAUAGAAGGCAGAGAAGCAGCAGCAGCACGUACUCAGACAGCUCCACAGCUCCCUUAAAGCUGAACCGUGUGCAGUAAACACAAAAGCAUUGCGGGUGGCUGUUGGCGACGGCCGGGUCGGAGUCGCGCAGACGGCAUUCAACGCAGUCACAAUUAUACGCGCACAGUGGACGACGGAAGCGGAAGCUGAUUUCGAGCGGAAGAAACGAAGUCAACUAACGGAAGUGAGCACAAAGAAAGAGAACAAAUAAACAGUGAAUGAUAAAAAGUAAAAAAAAAAGACAAGAAGAAAAAACGAAAUUUUAAGCUGAUUUCGGCAUUAAAGCGCGUAUAAGUCGGCACGCCAAAAAGUAGGCAACAAAAGCGCAAAUACUCACCGUACAGUGUAAACGUGUCAUAAAGCGAAUGCCAUUGUCGCGGAAAAUUUAAUUAAAGCGCGAAUAAAACAAAAGUGCAGUGAAAGUAGCGACAAAGCCAGCGCUAGAAAGCAGAGCAGAGUAAGAAGCAACGCAACGAGCGCGAGAGUGACUUUAAAGUGUGUUAAGUAGCCUGGCAGGCCGAGUCAAGUCCACGAAGUGCAUUGAAGCGUAGUGAAUGCGCCGCGUUUUAUUACUUAAGCGCCCCCGCUAAGCAAACGAUAAUAAAAAACCGUUAUACGAGUGCGCCUAGAAACAGGCAAAGUUCAGAACGAAAAAAAAACAAAAAACUUCAGUCGUUAAAGUCAUUGGAGGCGGGUAGUACAACAACAAGCGCCGCGUAAACGACAUUCCAUCGGUCAAUGUAAUUGAAUUAAAACGUCAAUGACAAGUGCCAAGUUGCGCUACAAGAAAGUGAAGAAGAAAAAGUGAAACAAAGCAAGCAAAAACAAAAAAAAAUAUAUAUUUGAACGCGCCACAUUUACAGUUGAGCGCCGGGCAGAGUGUGUUGAAUAAGCGCUUAAAACUUGAUACGUCAACAAUGUGACUUUUACAAGAGUCUCGUCUAAUAAACUUUAAAGCUUAAGCAAACAAUAAAGCUUGCAAAGUUGUUUGUUGAAAAUUUGUUAUAUAAUUUAGCACAGAGAACUUCGGCAAUUUACCCACACUACAACAACAACAACAACGCUGCGCAAAGCAAAGUGAUUUUGCGAAUCAAAGCUACGAACAUAAGUAUGCAGUGAGAAGCAAGAGCAGGCGAAGUAGAGAAGCGAUUAAAAACAAUCUUUGAAAGUCAAUUGUAACGGAAGUGGAACGAUGGAAACGCGCAGCAAGGACGCUUGUCAAACGGCAGCUGCCGAUUCCACAACAGCAAUUAGUGUGAACAGUGAGAAUUGUGUGGAUUCGACCACAACAUCACAGCGACAACAGCCAAGCGGCGCUAACAGCGCGCCACAACAACAACAGCAGGUGAGCAGCAGCACCAGCAACGCGCCGAAGACGCGCUCACCAACGCCACCAAGCGGUGGCAACAACAAUAAUGCCGCAAAUAAUAAGGCAAAACCAGCACAGCAACAACAACAACAGCAAUAUCAUCAAUUUCGCGCGCCACAACAGUUUGUGCGCCAUCGACGCGCCACCGCGCCGGCCACGCUGCUCAACAAGAAGGGCAAAACAUGGAACAAGCGGCAACAGCGUGGUGCCAAACUACAGCAACAACAGCUGCAACAGCACAUGCUGCAAGGUGGCAAUGUCGUCGGUGUUGUUGGUGGCGCUGGCGCUGGCGUUGAUGCCAGUGUAACGGCCGCGUCUGUGGCGGCAAGCGCGCAAAGUAAGGCCGACCUCGAAAAUAUACAGAAUUUCAAGAAUCAGCUUGGCGGUCAUCAUUACUAUCCGCAUGCUGGCGGCGCUGUCGGCGGCGGCGGUGGAGGACAUCGUGGCGUGGGUGGUGCGAAUGCCGCAGGUGGCGGUGUCAGCGGUGGCGCCGCAACUGGUGGGGCUGGUGUAUCGGGCAAUGGCUUGCCACCGCCCGCCAUAGCUAACCUAGAAAAACUGGGUUACGGCCAUGGUCAUAUGAAAAUGUACAAAAAGCUGCUCGCGCAUAGGGGCACCGGUAGCCAUCAUCAUCACGUGCUUUGCGCUGGCGCGGCACACAACACCAUCGGCGGCAAUGCGAACACGAAUUGUUGCCUCGUCAACGGCUGCAAUGGCGGCCACCCAAACGGCAAGGACACUGCCAAUGGCAGCACAAAUAGCUCACAGUCAGGCAGUGCUGCCAGCUCAUUGCACUUCUGUUGCACACGAUCGAAAUUCUUCUUGCCGGACAAGCGUGUACGCAAAGAAACCAUCAUACCGCCCACCAAAUUCUUACUCGGCGGCAACAUUUCCGAUCCGCUCAAUUUGAAUUCGCUGCAAAAUGAAAAUUCGAAUGCUUCGUCGAACAAUAAUACGCCGGCGACCACGCCACGUCAGUCACCCAUCACCACGCCACCCAAAGUGGAGGUCAUCAUACCGCCCAAUAUACGUGAUCCAUUGCAUUUGCUCGAUCCCGUCGAUUCCAUGGAGUAUGAAAAGCAACUAACAUCACCGAUGAAACGCGGCGGCACACGUGGCGGACACGCACAUCAUCACAGCGCCAAGCAUCGUCAUCGCAAGAAUCGUAAGAGUAAGCGCCGCCGUCACGACUCGUAUCAAUCGUCCGUGGGCAGCGCCUCGCUAGGCGACAGCGACACAACCGCGCUGGCCAACAGCACAAUGCCCACUGAAGCAGGCAGCGCCAGCUUAACUUCUCUUUCAUUAUCCACAACGCUUUCGGUUGCUUCGCUGCUAGAGAGCAGCGGCGCCAACAUGAGUGUGCCAUUGGGCGAGAGUGUCAACAAUAAUGUGAGCAACGCGGCCAAAAGCGCGCCAAUGGUGGUGAGCACAUGCGAGAAUGCGCCAGCUGGCUAUCAGCAGCAGCAGCAGCAACUGCUGGAAGAGCGUGUUGAGAGCGCACUUUUGGAGACCGUUGUUGAAGGCAAAUCAUGCGUCGCUGUUGAGCCACGUUUUGAGCGGCGCAAGAGCAAAAGCACAUCGCCAGUGAAACAACAGUACGCCAACAUUGUGAACUCAACAUUCUCUGGAACACCAAACGUUGCCGGUGAGACAUUGCAAAGCGCUGGCGGAGAGCCGCAAGCAGCAAGUGGCACACUUGCUACAGCAACAAAGGCGGUUGGUGGUGUGGAGGUAGUGGCAGGCGCUGCUGGCGUUGUUGUUGGCGGCGAUAUUGUUAUCGGUGGCGCUGGUGUGGGCGCUUUGCUGUUGCCGCGUGAGCGCGCCAAUCGAGAUUUGCGCUUGGAAUUGAAUUCAACAACAUUGUCGACGGCGAGCGGCAGCACGUGCGGCAACGCAAUGGCCGCGCUGGGCGCGCACGGUGCGCUCGCUGGCAUGGGCAUCGGUGGCGGAAGGAAGCGCAAGAUAAGCGAGAGCAAUAAUUCGCAGAAGAACAAGAAAUUCCACCGUGAUGUCAUGGACAAGAUCGUCAGCCCCGUGGUACCGCAACCUGGCGCGUGGAAGCGUCCGCCGCGUCUCGCAGCUACUGGUGCGCGCAAGCCCACGCGUCGCUCGACAUCCAUCAGCGAAACCGAUGUGCUGAGUCCAGCGGAUGAAGCCAAAUCGUUACUGAGCGAAGCCGACAUGUUGCGCGUUGAGACGCCCGACUUCAGCAAACUCGAGACAAUUUCCGAAGUGGGACUCGCCAGCCCGUUAAGCACCACCUCCGGCGCCACUUCUGUCGCCGCUGGCGAACAAGAGUCGUUGAUGGACACAAGCGUUGGCGAGAAUUCCACCACAAUGCCGAGCGAGGAUGGUUUAACGGCUUGCACUGCGGCAGCAAAGAGCAGCGCUAAUGUGUCAACCAGCUCCACUGCCAUUAUGCCGCUAACGAAAAUGCCGAAUUUCCGUGCCGACGGCGUUAAGUACCAGUACGGCAAUUACGAUCGUUACGUGGGACUGCGUCACCUCAACGAGUUGGUGGAUGUGCGUCUGCAAGUGUUUCAGCGCCACUUGGAGCUCUUCCAAAAUAAAGACAUACUGGAUAUCGGUUGCAAUGUGGGUCACAUGACAAUCACGGUGGCGCGCAACUUUGCACCCAAAUCCAUAUUGGGCAUCGAUAUCGAUAGAAAGUUGGUGGCACGUGCGCGACAUAAUCUCGGCUUAUAUGUGCUUAUACCGCCAGAGUCGGCGGUCAAACCAACGACAAGCACGCCAUUAAAUAAAGCGUCGGAUGCGGUCGCCGUUGGUUGUGUUAAAAAGGAGGAACAGAAAACUGCGUUGAAAGAAGAGAAAUCGACUACCGGCAGCGCUGUGGGCAAAAUAAAGACAGAAACUGCCAGCACAAAAGACGACACUGCCAACGUCGGGGGUGACAAAGCAGCAGCCUCCACAGCUGACGCCAGCACAAAAAAGCCAAAAAAGACGCGUCGUCGCAAAAAGCGGGCGUCGUCACAGCCGCAGGCACAAGAACAACAUCCACAGCAGCAACACCCACAAUUCCAUCACCACCAUCAUCAUCAUCACCACCACAUGCAUCACAUGCACCAUCAUCAUCACAAUCAUUACCAACAACAACAACUACAAGCAUUGCAUGUACCUGCCACAGAUUUGUUUCCCGUGUCAUUUCCACUGACAUAUGGUGGCAUACCAACAGGCGCAGCUGGCGCCGCCGUCAACGCGCACGACACACAUUCGCCCAGCGCGUCCACCAACACGCCUGGCCAUGCCAGCAAUGCUACACCGGCUAGCAGCGGCGGCGUCGCAAAUCGUAAGCGUAAAAAUGACUUUCCACGCAACGUGUUCUUUCGUCAUCAGAAUUAUGUGUUGGAAGACGAGGCGCAGCUGGCCAACGACACGCAGCAAUAUGAUCUCAUACUGUGCUUAUCGGUGACCAAGUGGAUACACUUGAAUUUCGGCGAUGCCGGCCUGAAGAUGGCCUUCAAGCGUAUGUUCAACCAGCUGCGACCCGGCGGCAAGCUGAUACUGGAGGCGCAGAAUUGGGCAAGCUACAAGAAAAAGAAGAAUUUGACGCCCGAAAUUUACAACAACUACCGCAACAUUGAGUUCUUUCCCAACAAAUUUCACGAGUAUUUACUCAGCUCUGAGGUCGGCUUCAGUCACAGCUACACGCUGGGUGUGCCGCGGCACUUAAGCAAAGGCUUUUGUCGUCCAAUACAGUUGUAUGCUAAAGGCGACUACACACCGAAUCAUGUACGCUGGAGUGAUGCCUACUACCCACAGACACCGUUCGAAGCUUAUCGUGGCAUUUACGCCACAAUGCCACCACGUCCUGCGGGUCUGGCCACGUAUGCCAUGUCAUCGACACGCAGCCAGGCGUACGAUACGCCACACUACACGGGCGGCACCUCCGGCCCGUAUAGUUGCCGUCAAACACCCAUGUACCAGCCCAUCUACAAUCCACUGGAGACCGAUUCCUAUUUACCCUCCUACGAUAUGGAAUACCUAAAUCACAUGUAUGUGUUUGCCUCACCGCUGUAUCAGACCGUCUGGUCGCCCCCCGCCAGCUUGCGCAACAGCUCCUCACACACACCCGUCUUCGGUAGCGUACGCGAGGCCGAAUUGGAUGGUGAUGGGGGCGGCAGCGGUGGCGGCGGCAGUUAUCAUCGCCACGUCUAUCCACCGAAUGAAGAUACAUCAUCACCAAAUGCGAAUACCGGCGGCGCUUUCAGUUCGAUACGCGAUGCGGAUACGGAUGAUUCGAAUCAAUUGCCGGCUGGUCGCAUGCAACAUGUGUAUGCGACGAAUUGUGGUGAGAGUUCAUCGUCGCCGCAGGUGCAGCACAACAAUGAUUCGGAUGCGUUGGUGGAGGAGGGUCUGUCGUUGGACGAUGAACAACAACAUGUGACGCAGCCGGUGGCGACUGCGGCUAGCGGCGGUAGCGCGUAUGUCGUGAGUACUAACAAUGGUGGCGAGUUGCCAGGCGCGGGUGGUGGUGCUGCUCAUGGACCGGAAGGCAGUCAGCAUUACUGUGAUUUAAAUGAUGCUUAAGAUUAUACUUUGUUAUUUGUUUUGGUCUAAUAUCCGGCGUAUGUUCCGCGUGGAAUGUGUGCAGCAAGUGAGAAUUGUAAAAUAGUUUUGAAUUGUAUGCGGACGGCCGUUUCGCGCGAGAAAUGUGCGGUGCAGUAGACAUUAGUUGGCAGCAUGAGUAAGCCUAAGGCAACGCCGCUUUAAAGACGCUUAUGAGAAAUAUAGAAAUAUAGGAAUUAUACAUAAUAUUGGCAAACGAAGAAACACACAAGGUAAAUAAUCAAAAAAGUUGUUGCUAUUUCCGUCUAGUUUUAUUUGUUGCACGCUUGACGCGCUCGUGAAACAUUUAACUAGUGUAACGACACAAUUUUGUUCGAUUUUCGCAUUUUCGAAAAAGUGCUUGUAUAUUCGAAAAAAAUAUUCGAUAUUCGAAAAACAUUUUUGUAUUCGUAAAUUAUUCGUAUAUUCGGAAAACAUUUUUUAUAUUUGAAAAUAUGUUUUUCCAUUCCCAAAAAAGUUCGUACUAUUCUCGAAAAAAUAUUCGUAUUUUUAAAAAAAAUAUUCAUAUUUUCAAAAAAGUAUUUUGUAUAUUUGAAAAGUGCGCUUUUGUUCCAAAAGAAAUGUUCGAAAAAAUAUUCAUAUUUUCAAAAAAAUAUUCGUAUAUUUGAAAAGUGUGCUUUGUUACAAAAAAAUGUUCGUAUAUUCGAAAGUAUUUUCGUAUAUUCGAAAUAAAUUUCGUAUAUUCGUAGAACUUUUUUUGGAAAUUCGAAAAUUAUAUUUUUGAAUAUUCGAAAAACACUUUGUAUAUUCGAAAACUUUUUUCUACAUUCGAAAAUUGUUUCAUAUAUUCGUAAAAAUUUUCGUCUAUUCACAAGUUUUUUUUUUGCAUAUUCCAAAUUAUUUUUGUAUAUUCGAAAAUGUGUUUCGACGUUUAAAAAUACUUGAAAAGAGUUGAUGCAAAAAAGCUGCAAAAAAAACGUAAAAGUUUAUAAAAUAUAAAAAUAUAGCGUUUUAAUUAGUUUUAGCCAAAAAAUACAAUAAAAGUUAUUAGUGUUGAUUUAAAUUAGUUAUAAUAUAGGCAUAUAUAAACACAUAUACAUACAUGUGUACAUACAUAUAUAUAUUUGUUUGUACAGUCUUGUGCCAUCCAUAGGUCGUCUGGGCGCUACUUAUUGGAAGUAUGCAAAACUAUUUCUGUUUUUAGUAUAAAAUUUUAGCAAAAACAUUGUUUUCCAGUAAAAAAAAAUAUUGAGUAAAAAUUAUAAAAAAAUAAAUAUAUAAAAAAAAUUGUAAAUCUUUGUACUACCAUACAAUUUUGUUGCAAAUUUUAUUACCGCUUUGCUUUUUAGUUAAAUACUUUCAGCCAUUCAAGAAGUAGCGCCGCUGCACGCUUACUGCACAUGACUGUACUCGUAAAAUAUUACACUAUUUAAGCAUUAUUUUUAGCAAAAAUAUAUUAGCCUAGUGUUAAACUUACUUACAUCUUAUCGAUUAUAGUCAUAAUUAUUUAUAAACAACAAGAUAUUUAUAUGUAACACAUAAAUAUUUGUAGGUUUUAUUAUUUAGUAUAUAUUUUUCGCAUAUUUAUAUACUGCAAAAGCAAAGAGAAAAUUAAGAAUCAGCAACAAAAACAAAAAAACAACAACUUGCAUAUACGUAAAUAUAUUUAGCAGGUAUUUGUAGCAAUUAAUAAAACUAAGGAAAGCAAAAA